AUGCCGCCAUCAAAUAAGUAUCCUUCUAAACCUCGAGCCGUAGAGGGUUUCCUGCCCGUCUCAGAAAGACAGGUAGGCGCCAGACAGGCAGCCGGCCUUAAAACCAAUGCCAAAGCCGAAUAUGACGAGUCAACUUACCUCAAGAAAGAAUGCUACGGUGUUUCCCUCAGGCGAUGCGCAGCAGCAAAUCCCGGCGAAUAUGAGAAAAGAGCAAAGGGUACCAGUUCUUGCGAGGACGGCAACCGCAAAGGGAUUGACUGA